AUGCGGGCUUUUCCCAGCGCGCUUGCAAGAGGAACAAGCCGUUUGUCAGCCUCCACCGCACCGGCCUUUCUCCUCCGCAAUCUCAUUCGAAAGCCUCGAAAAGAUGGCGCCUCUAUUCCAGAGAAACACACUCUCGCAUCAAGCGCCGCAGACGAGGGGCCUCCAGGAGCCUUCGAGAGGAUUCACAUUCCCCCCGCACUUGAGGGCUUCUUGGAGCCUUUGGACCCGCAUCCAGUGGAAGAUAGCCCCAAAGGAGGCAUCCCCAAGAAAAAGGCAGGAGGCGCUGCAGCUGGGUGGACAGCACCCCAGCCACUGGCGGCACCUAAGGACGAAGAUGUACUAGGACCCUCCACAGGCACAGUUCAGCUGAAGCAAGGAAUAUUGAAAAAAUCCUCGCCUCCUGCGCCUCCAACAGAUAAGGGGAAAGCACCAGGGGCCUCUAAGGACGCUGCUGCUGCUGCUGAGGCCCCUAAGGCUCCCUCCUUGCCAGCGAAAGCGCCGUCGGUGCCUCCGGCGCCUCCCAAGGGGCCUCCAAAGGAAGUUUCCAAAGACGUUCCUGCUGCUGCGAAGACAGAACCCCCUAAAGAGGCUCCUAAAGAGGCUGUCAAGCAAGCGCCCAAAGAAGCUCUUUCCAAGGAACCUGCUAAGGAAGCUCCUCAAAGCCCUUCUAAGGAGGCUCCCAAGGAAGGGCCCCCUAAAGAGGGGCCCCCCAAAGAGGGGCUCGGUGCGGGAGCCUCGAAAGAGACGCCUCCAGGAGGCACGGCUGCCAAGGCUGCUGCGCCGAAGGCUGUGCAUAAAAUCGUGAUUGGAGAGAAGGGCACGCGCGUCAAAUCCCCUGAAGACAUUGAAAAAUCCGUAAAAAGCCAAGCCUGGCCAUAUGUUUUUGACUCCCAAGGGGACCAUUGCAACCAUCCCCAAGUGUGCGCGUCCCAUCAGCACGUCGCUGCUCUCGAAGGUGAGGGUUUGCCUUUAGACUUAGGGAGCGAAGAGUCAGUCAGUGCGUUGCGAAAGCAGGAAGUCACACUGCGUUCCGCGGCUCGCGUGAGCUCACGAGCAAGCUCAGACGGAGCAGGAGGAUCUGGCGUUUGGCCUCCUGGACUGGGGCUGGGACUGACGGCAAGGCAGCGGGAGGAAGAAAAGGCCCCCCCUCCCCUCAAGGAUUGGCUUUCUGGCCAGGGCCUUGCCAAGUUUGGUCUUAUGAAGUCUGCUGAAGGCAUCGGGUGGGGUGCAUCCACCAACGUGGGAUCAACAGACUUGGCUAGUCUGGCUGCCGUUCUUGCCAAGGCAUCUGCUUCGAGCCAGGCCUCUGCUGCAAAAGAGCCGGAAGCGAAAGCGAAGCCAAAGGAGGAAGCGAAGAAGGAAGCUCCCAAGAAGGGGCCCCCCAAGGCGGGGCCCCCAGGAAAAGGGCCUGGCGGAGGCAAGGGGCCCCCGAAGCCUCCUCCUGGUAAGCGUAAGGGCCCUGGCGCGAAGAAGGCGGGGGGACUGAAGAAAAGAGAAGCUUUCCACGUCAAAAAGGAAGACGUGGAGGAGACGUUCGCCAAGCUUGCACCGAAGGCGAAGACAGAAGUCAAGAAGCCCAAAGUCCUCCAGCUACUGCCUGAUUCUAAGAGGGCGUACAACAUGAACAUCGCCCUUGCGAAAUUCAGCAACUACUCGUAUCAAGAGCUCAGGGAGGCCAUUAUAGAUCUAAGCCCCAAGAUCCUGACGGUAGAAGCGACAGAGAGUCUCCUGAACUUCGUGCCAACUCCGGAAGAGACAGCCGUAAUGAAGGAAUAUAUCAGCUCCGGUGGAGACUUGAAGCUGGUGGAUCGUCCCGAGCAGUUUGUUGCUGCUAUGAUGGGCAUUCCCCUAAUGAGGCAGCGCCUGGACGCCCAUCUCUUCGCCCUAAACUUUGCAGAGAACUACAAGGACGCUUACAACCCUGUUUCUGCAUUGUCUGAGUCUUGUGACGCUGUAAGGUCAUGCAAAAACCUCAAAAGCAUACUCUUUGCCGUUCUGGAGCUCGGAAAUAUGCUGAAUGAAGGAGACCCGCAGAGGGGUAACGCUGACGGCUUCAAGCCCACUACACUAGCGAAGCUCACCGAAGUCAGAUCGACAACAAAACCAAUAAGGACGCUCCUACAAUACCUCUGUGAUGUGAUUUGGGAACAAAAUCCGAGCAUUUUGGACAUCUAUAACGAGUUAAAGAUAUGCGAAAAGGGGCAGAAAGUAGACGUUGGAGCAAUAGAGGGGAAAAUAGUGGCACUUAAACAAGGCGUUGCAAAGGUUAAGAAUACGGUGGAAGCCGCCAGAAAAGGAAAUGAAGCUUCAGGAGUGCUGGGAGACAAAGAUCCAUUAGCGACGAUUAUGGACGAAUUCGUCGAAGAGGCGCUUCCAAAGGUCACAGAACUCGAAAGAUUCCUCAAGGAGUCAAUGGAAGACUUUAACGUAGCGGUGCGGUACUUGGGUUACCCCGAAAAAGACAUGAAGAAAGUGAAACCCGACGAAUUCUUCAAGCAAGUGGCUUCGUUCGUAAGAAACAUCGAGGCUGCGAGGAAGGCAAAACAGGAACUUUUGGAGAGGGAAAGAAAAAAGGCAGAGGCAGCCUCUAAAAAGGCAGCAAAGGGAGGACUUUCAAAGAGAUAG